AUGCCCAAGAGUUCAUCAUCAACGUUACCCACUGGCAUUAUCCAGUCGUUAUCACCGGAUAACCAGCAAGAAAUGGGUUCCGAAUCAGACGCAACUUCGACAUCUCGGAGCUUGCAACCGAGAACAAUAAGCCCCAGUAAUAACAUGAAUUCUAGAAUAAAUAAAAGAAUGAAGGAUUUACCAGAUAAUCUGAAACUUCACGGGACUACACCGAGUGGGAAACCAAGAUUAUUCGUAUGUGAUGUCUGUUCUAGAGCAUUCGCUAGACAGGAACAUUUGGAUAGACAUGCCCGUUCUCAUACAAAUGAAAAGCCAUACCAAUGUGGUAUUUGCACAAAGAAAUUCACAAGGAGAGACUUACUAUUGAGACAUGCUCAGAAAGUGCAUAAUGGGAACUGUGGUGAGACUAUUCAAAGAAAGAAAAGACAAAAGACUAUGAAACCAAAACGUAGAGCUUCAUUUAGUGCACAAUCUGCUAAACAUUAUGCUAAUGCAAAUAUUAAUAAUUUUGGUAUUCCAAAUUCAGUUAAUAAAGUAGAAUUUUCAACCCCGGUAUUAUUACCCUUGGAUUUUAAAUUUGAUGAGGAAGGUUUCCAAUUUUUCGAUUCUGAAAAUAUUAAUUUAGAUGGUAAUUCUAUGACGGAUAAUUUACCUCCCUUGGAACACCAUAAUCUGACAAAUGCACAUCAUCUCGUUCCAACAGAGUUUUCAUUGUUGGAUUCCAAAAACUGGAUUAAUGACUAUAAUAAUAAUAAUGUGAAUCCUCUCUCUUCUAAUACAGAAUCGAACUCAACUAGUAAUACCACACCAUUAAACAGUAAGGAUGACCCGAUAAUAUUGAAUUCAGGAACUUCUUCAUGGAGUCUCAAUCAGGCAAAUGGAGAAUUAAAAGUUAAAUCAUUAUUUGAUGGCAACUCAGUCAUCGUAUUAAGGGAAAAUGAAGAUACAACUGAAUCAUUUGAUCAACAAUUGAAUGAUAUUGAUAGUAAUAAAAUCCAGAACCCAGUAUAUGAUAUAUCUCCACCUAUAUUUCAAUCUCCUUCAUCAUUUGAUAAAUCUCCUUUUUUCGAAGGUUUAUUCGAUUCAGGCCUGACAGCAGAUUAUUUACUGGACUCAAAUCCACAUCCAGAUGCUUUAGAAUUUAAUUUUAAGAAUAUUUUACAAGAGGGGCUGGAACUGAAUUCUAGAAACACAAACAGUGAAACACCAUUCCAACCACUAUCAAUGAUCAAUGAAAAUUCAAUCAUUCCUGAUGGUACGCAUAUGAAAAUGCAAGAUUUAAAUAUUGAAAUCCCGCAGCCCACAUCACUUGUUAAUAAUAAUGAAAAUUUAUUGCAUUAUAGUAUGCUACCGGAGGCGACUCUAUUCUCACAAAAAAUGCAUGAAAUGUGUUCAUUUGUUUUAUCAUAUUACUCACAAAAAUGCAUUUUCCAACCACAUAAUAACGAAACUAAUGAAUCUCAAAAAUUAAGUCUUAAGGAGCUUUUCCUUCCAGAUUUCAACGAACUUAAUCAAUUACUGGUCUUAUUCCAAGAAAAUUUUAUCUCACAUUAUCCAUUCAUUCAUACUGAUUUAUUGAAUGCAGAUUUAGAAUCAUUGAAAAAAUACGUCGCUGCAAAUACAACAACUGAUAAUGCACAAACAAGUCCUAAAGAUGUCCUACAAUAUUCUAAAUUGGUUUGUCUUCCCUUAUUCAUGUGCACUUUUGGUUCACUUUAUAAAUAUGGUUGUAACUCCAAAACCAUUGAAUUAUAUGAAAUUAGUAGAAGAGUAUUACAUGUUUAUUUGGAAAUAAACAAGAAGAUACAAGAUAAACCAGCCAUUGAAAAACAUAGUCAGCAUGUGUGGCUGAUCCAAUCCCUAAUGUUAAGUAUUGUGUUCGCCAUGUUUGCUGAUUCACAUCAUAAGAUUGAUGCUGAUUUAUUGAAGAGACAAAUCACUGCCAUAUGCGCCAUUAUAAGAGCAAAUUUUUUAAAUGACAUUUCUUUGACCCAGAAUAGAAACGCAAAUGAACUGAAUUUUAAUUCUUCAUUCGAGCACAUUAUGUUUGAAUCCAAGAUUAGAUGUACAUUGAUGGUUUAUAGAUUCUGUCAAUUUUUAAACAUUUUUUUUGGCAUAAAUUCAAUAUUAUUCCUUAAUGAAGAUGAUGUUAAGUCAAUUUGUAUACCUGAUGAUGAAAAUACAUGGAGAUCGGCAUCAUUGUUUCCACAAAGAAUUACCGGAGUUGAUCAAACAGUGAAAAAACAACACUCCAUCACAUUUAAGCAAUUCUAUGAGGGAUUCAUAUUUAAUGAUGCCGGUUUAUACCCAAUUCCUGAAACAUUAGCCAUUCCAAUGUUAUAUUAUGAGUUCGCCGUGAGUAAGACCUCAAAUUUCCACAUCUUUUUAACGAAGAUUGAUACCAGGAAAUUGGAAACAAACUUAUCGCAAUCCUUGACCACAGCAACAUCGGAAUCUUCCAUGAUGGAUAUUGACGAAUUACCACUCUCCAGGAAAAAUUAUUCAUCUAUGCUUAAGCAUGAUAGUACAAUCUCUAAAAAUUGUUUAAUGACAAUGUUAUUCUUCAAUGAUAUUGACUCCAAAUUUGGUUCCAAGAUUUGGGCAGGUAAAACUGAUGAAAUUUUUGAUCAGUUCUUGAGCGCCAAUAAUUUAAACCUUUUGACAAAAGGAUCAUACUCUUUGUUAACUAAUUUUUUGGUAGCUUUGAACUUUUCAAUUCAAAAUAUUUCCAGUUUGAUCUCAAUUUGUAACUCCGGUACAACUUUGAAAUUGAAUAACGAUAGAUUCUCACUAUUCAACAUCCAAGGUUAUUUCUACAAUUUCCUAAUUGUAUUGAAAUUCCUACUUGAUUUCGAAGCAACUCCAAACUUUAAAUUAUUGUGCAUAUUUACAGAAUUAAAAAAGUUGGCAGAUAAUAUCUUAAUACCAAAACUCUAUACAAUGUACCCCCAAUUGUUUGAGAAAUUAGGAACAGAAUGGAAAACAAAGCAAAAAUUAAAUAAUCCACCAACUUUUACUCCGAUUAAUAUCGAGAGGUUAGAAAAAUUAAUAGAUAACGUAUUAGUUUGCGCAUUCAAUGAUACAUCCUUCUUGACAAUGUCAAAGCCAACUACUAAUGAAUUCCUUUUCCAUGAUGAAACAUAUAGCAAGGCCGAUGAAUCGAUAAACUCUCCCUCGUCUGUUGAUUUAGUGAACUAUCAUUCAACUGUGAAGAAAGGAAAUAGAAGUCAACAUAAACAGACUUUAGAGAGUCGAUAUCACCUAUCAACCAAAUAUGUCCUGAUUGCAGAAUGUCUUCUUAAUCAUGCAACCCAAAAAUAUGAACAUUGUUAUUUACUGGAGAAAAUGGUGAAGAGUUUUGCCAAGAUAGAAAAGCUUUUAGAAAAUGAAAAUAAUCAAGAUAACUUAUCAAAGUUAAAGAUUCACUGCCCAGUAACUCUCAAGACCCAGAAGGUAUAG